AUGGGAGGGUUCUUCCAGAUCCCUAUACACACUGAUGAUCAGGAAAAGACUACAUUCACAUGUCCAUAUGGUACUUUCGCAUACCAAAGGGUGCCUUUCGGACUGUGCAAUGCGCUUGCGACUUUUCACCGUUGCAUGACAUCCAUAUUUUCUGAUUUCAUUGAGUCUAUUAUGGAAGUAUUUAUGGAUGAUUUCAGUGUUUAUGGUCCUGAUUGUGAUGUGUGUUUGCAUAAUCUUUCAAAAGUGCUAAAAAGAUGUGAAGAGGUUGAAAAAGCAAAAAUUGAGGUGAUCGAGAAACUUCCUCCUCUUGUUAAUGUAAAGGGAGUUAGGAGUUUUUUAGGUCAUGCGGGGAUCAAGCAGGCUUUGAUAAGUGCACCAAUCAUAAAACCUCCAGACUGGAAGCUUCCAUUUGAGAUCAUGUGUGAUGCGAGUGAUUAUGCUGUUGGAACAAUUCUUGGUCAACGGAAAGAUAAGGCAUUGCACGCAAUUUAUUAUUCAAGUAAAACCUUGGAUGGAGCUCAAGUGAACUAUGCUACUACCGAGAAGGAACUCUUAGUUGUUGUUAAUGCUCUCGAUAAGUUCCAAACUUAUCUCGUCGUAUCUAUUGCUAAGAAGGAAGCAAAACCAAGGAUUAUUCGUUGGAUUCUGUUACUCCAGGAAUUUGACUCAGAAAUCAAAGAUAAAAAGGGUGCUGGGAAUGUGGUUGCAGACCAUCUUUCACGACUACAGUUUACAUCCGAUGUUGCUCUAGACGCCCCCAUUGAUGAUUCUUUUCCUGAUGCCCACCUAUUUGCUAUUGGCACAAACACUCCAUGGUUCGCGGACUUUUCAAAUUUCUGUAUGUCCGAAUUUGAGGUCAAUGACGUUCUACGACAUUAUCACUCUUUUCCUUGUGGAGGCCACCAUGGUCCUUCUAAGACAGCUACAAAGGAACUUAAGCCAUUUUAUGUGCGAGUGAAUGAUGAUUGGAAAACAACUGUAGCUUUUGAUUUGAUUGUACCAAAGUUGUUUAAAAAGAUCAUAUUCCCACGUUUUGGAGUUCUAAGGACUGUAAUAAGUGAUGGUGGAUCUCAUUUUCGCCACCGACAAUUUGAAACUUUACUCAAGAAAUAUGGUGUUACUCACAAGGUUGGCCUAACAUAUCAUCCUCAGACAAGUGGUCAAGUUGAAGUUUCAAAUCGUCAAAUCAAAAGCAUCUUGGAAAAAGUAGUUGCAAAAUCUCGAAAGGAUUGGUCCUUAAAGUUGGAUGAUGUUUUAUGGGCUUAUCGGACAGUCUACAAAACUCCCAUUGGCACUACUCUGUAUCGCUUGAUCUAUGGUAAGGCAUGUCAUUUGCCAGUUGAGCUCGAACAUCGUGCUUUUUGGGUGAUAAAAGAGCUAAAUAUGGAUUUAGAGGCCGCCGGUGAAGUCAGGCUUCUUCAAAUGAAUGAAUUGGAUGAGCUUUGUUUUGAUGCUUACGACAAUUCUCGACUUUACAAGGAGCGAACGAAGAAAUUGCAUGACAAAUUGAUCCAACGAAGAGAUUUUCAAGUUGUGAUAAGAGCUAUUGAGAUUAUGGGACAGGACGAGGCCAAGUUUAAAGUGAACGGUCAGCGCUUGAAAUUAUAUAUGGAUGGUGCAUUCGUUGGGAAAAUUGAGACAUUUUAUCUCGACAACCCCUCCUUGGAAGCCUAA